AUGCCCCUGUUCGCAGAGGGUACGGGCGUACCGAUCCCUUGCCAUGACAAUCCCGUCUCGCAGGGGGUAGCAGGAACCCAAGUCCCAGAUCGUAUUCGCAUCAAGAAUCGACGAAAGCGGUACCUCGAUCUUCACCCGGAAUAUUUUGGGCCGCAGCUCGAGCUGGCAGAUCCCUUGUUGUACGACCGUCUUAUACGCCGUUUCCAGACCCCGGCCGAGCGCGAGGCGGAAGGCCGACAGAAGGGGUUCUCUGGUGUUCUCGAGGCGGACCUUUAUCGGAGCGAAGCCAAGUUGGACGCGCUGAGACACCCUGACCCGAACAGCAUAUUUACCUACAAGCGAGGCCCCAGCGGGGAGAUCCUGGCGGAAGACAAGGAUGAAGUGCCUGCGAAUAAAGAGGAGGGGUUCACUCGCUGGAAGUGGGAAAUGGAGACGAGAUUUGUGAGAGGCGCUGACGAUGACUUCGAAUACGGCGCAGUUGAUCACAAUCCCGACUAUGAUGACCGCGCGACCGAAGAGCGGGAAGCUCAAGACAGAUACUUCGACGAGCAGGAACCCGAAUUUGUAGAGGGUCAGGAUGAAAAUGACGCUACGAAGAGUAAGAGUAAAGAACUGCAAGGUGAGACUGGGAUCCAGGAUUUCUAA